AUGUCUUUUACCGAUUUCUCAAAGAUUGAAACUUUGCAAAAAUUGAACACCUUCUUGGCUGACAAGUCGUACAUCGAAGGCACAUCUGCUUCCCAAGCCGACGUCUCUGUCUACAAGGCUUUCCAAAAGGCUUACCCAGACUUUGCCAGAUGGUUCAACCACAUUGCCGCUAAAUCAGACGAAUUUUCAUCAUUUCCAGCUGCCUCUGCUCCAGCUGCUGCUGCUGAGGAAGCAGAAGACGAUGAUGAAGUCGAUCUAUUCGGUUCAGACGACGAAGAAGACGAUGCUCAAGCUGAAAAAUUGAAGGCUGAAAGAAUCGCUGAAUAUAAUGCUAGAAAGGCUAACAAACCAGCCAAGCCAGCUGCUAAAUCUAUUGUCACCAUUGAUGUCAAACCAUGGGAUGAUGAAACCGACUUGGAGGAAAUGGUUGCUAACGUCAAAGCUGUUGAAAUGGAUGGUUUGACCUGGGGUGCUCACCAAUUUAUCCCAAUCGGUUUUGGUAUCAAAAAAUUACAAAUUAACUGUGUUGUUGAAGACGAUAAAGUUCCUCUUGAUGAUUUGCAAGGUAGCAUUGAAGAAGAUGAGGACCAUGUCCAAUCGACUGAUAUUGCUGCUAUGCAAAAAUUAUAA